CUCUCCAGAGUUUGCCUUUCUCUCGCUCUUACUCACCCUCAGCCCUGGGUGGAGCUUGAUUCUCGCUGGCUUGGAGGUGCCUGUGAAUCAGGCUGUAGGCACGUCCAGGGGAUCCGAGAACUGGAGAGCACGACCCACCACCUGCCCUGGCUCACCUGGGAAGCUCUCCCUCCCCUCAUGGCUCGUCGAUCUCAAAGCUCCUCACAGGGGGACAAUCCCCUUGACCCUAACUAUCUUCCUCCCCAUUACAAGGAGUAUUACCGCUUAGCUCUGGAUGUGCUUACUGAACAGGGCAAAGAAAGUUACCAACGCUUCCUGGCAGAGGAAGCAGCACCUGAUUUUCUUUGCAACUCAGAGGUGGAUCACAUCAUACAGAAUCUCCAGAAACCCCAGUACGCCAAUCAGGAGGGUAGCACAGACACCGCAGGUGACAAUGACAUGGAUGGAUCCUCUGGGACUUACUGGCCCAUGAACUCAGACCUCGCUGUUCCUGAGCUUGACCUGGGAUGGCCAAUGGUCUUUGGGUUCAGGGGAACAGAGGUGACAACCCUCGUGCAACCACCACCCCCGGACAAUCCCAGCAUUAAGGAGGAGGCCCGCAGAAUGAUUCGAGCAGCUCAACAGGUGGUAGCCAUAGUGAUGGACAUUUUCACUGAUGUGGAUCUGCUGUUUGAGGUGUUGGAUGCUGCAGCUCGCAGAGUGCCUGUGUACAUCUUGCUGGAUGAAAUGAACUCUCAACUUUUCCUCGAUACAGCUGCUAAAUGCAAAGUCAAUCUUAACUAUGUGGAGUUCCUAAGGGUGAGGACAGUUUCUGGCCCAACCUACUACUGCCGCACAGGGAUGUCCUUCAAAGGCCAUGUGAAAGAGAAAUUCCUCUUGGUGGACUGCAUGGUGGUGCUGAGUGGCAACUACAGUUUUAUGUGGUCUUUUGAGAAGAUUCACAGAAGCAUUGCACACAUCUUCCAGGGGGAGCUGGUGGCCAGCUUUGACGAAGAAUUCCGAAUUUUGUUCGCACAGUCAGAACCUCUUGUUCCUCCAGCCAAUGUCUUGGCAAAGGCAGAGAACACAUUUGCCAUGACUCCCUUUGGCAACAAUAUGCCUUUCUUUCCUAAAAAACCACCCCUGAUGUUCCAGAGGGAUGAGAAUCUUUUUCCCUCCUUUAUGGACAGAGUUGAUCCAGACAGAUAUUUCUUGUCAAAUUUCAGGCGGGAUGAUAUGUUGCGCCAUACUGUGGAGGGGUCAGCCAUGCGAAUGUACAAAAAGAUAGAAAUGGAGAAUUCUCAGAUGGAUCCUGUCAGGGGUUUUCUCCGUUCGAAGCAGUUGGAGUUGGAUGCUUUUAAGAGACACAGUUUUGCAGAAGGAACAUUUGAAAAUUUUGCUUCUUCUAAACAGUAUGCCAGGCAGAUGUUCAUGAAUAAUAUGGAUGAAUUUAAAAUCCAAUCUAGUCAUUUUCAGAAGGAUCAGUUCUACCAGUACCAGUUUGAACAUCCCCAUCUUUCUGGCAGAACUCAGGGACUCUUUGAGAGAAUCCGAGGUGGUAGGCCAGGAUUCAAUGAACUGGAAGAUUACGGAGAGGGACCCAGAUACCCUGAACUUGAAUCCAGUUUUCCACAGGAGGGUUUCCCCUUAAGGCUGGAUUAUGUACCUUCAAAUUCUUCCAGGGAAGUGAGACAUGGCUCUGAUCAGCUGAAUCCUGCAGGCAACGGCCCAAUGGGAAUGAUGUUAAGAAGGCAGAAUAUAGGACAGAAAUUUAUUUGCCAGACUUCUCCUACACAGAAACAAAGCCUGGAACAACGCCUGUUCUUACAAGACAAAGAUGAGGACCAAGAUGAAGGCAAGAACACACAGGAAAAUCGAACAGGUUUACGUAACUGGAGGAUUUCUUCAUACCUCAGUGCAUACCAGUCUGAACCAGAAGAAGGUCUUCCAAUGCCUAUGGAAUCAGAGGCAUAUAAUGAUGUACUUGGGGAUACCCUCACAAAGCACUCCACUGACCUCAUUCCAGCAUUCAAAUCCCCUAUGUCGUUUAAUAGCAAGACUCUGGGAAUUGAAAGUGCCAAAGAAUUUGCAGAUCUUGAUAGAGUAGGUGAAGAAACCCCUGUAAUGAAACAAGAUGCCUUUAGGUCCAGAAUAAAUCCUUUGAUCCAGAGGAGCUCAAGACUCAGGUCCUCUCUGAUUUUCAGUGCUGCCAAAUUAGAUCAGCCUAACACCACAAUAGAAAAGGUUCAGAUGAUCCAAAAAGAACAAAUGUCCAGUGAGCUGACGAAAGACAAUGAAACUAUAAAGACAGCUGCCUCAUCAAAAGUGGCAGAACUUUUAGAGAAGUACAAAGCCGUGGGCAAAGACACAGAGCGAGCUACAGUCACUCAUACCAAAGCUGUUUCCAGUUAUCUACAGGAAGAAUCACAGAACACAGAGAAGAAAUGUACUAAAUCCGUGCAAUAUAAGAUUCUGGAGAGUAGGGUACUAGACUCCAAAGACUCCUGCAGUACUUACAAAAUGCAUGGAGAGGCUGACAGGCCAUUUGGGAUGGCCUCAUCAACCCCCCAGCUUGUUGAUACAUUGAGUAAAGAUCCCCUAGCGCAUAUUACAAAGGUGGACAAAUUAUCAUCUCGGUUUUACCCUGCAGAGAAUAAACCUGCUCUUCCAGAGAAGGAGAGUCUUAUAUUUGUAGGAGACACUCAGAAGUUGACUCUUCCAGAGAAGAAGGAAAGAGUGACAUUCAAAGAAGACACUCAAAAAUUAGUCAAUACAGAACUGAAGAAACCACAGAUUAGGACAUGUACCACAUCAGGUCUUGAAAACUUACCUAGAAGUCAAGGAUCUGACAGCUCUCUCAAUAAAUCUGAGGAAGACUGUUCAAAACCAGAACAAAAUCCAAUGGAAUUUUUAAGAAAAGGGUCACUACGGCUGAAGCAGCUUUUGAAUCCAAAAGGUGAAAAGAAACUGGAGGAGGAACCCACUUCUGAGAGUGGAAAAUCCGACAAGCAGGCUGUGGGUCUCAAACGAUCUUCCAUAGGGGACUGUCAGGAAAUGAUGGAGGAAGAAAAAACUCAUAAAUUUGCAACACCACUUCCUCCCAAAAGCAGUCAGCCAACACAGGGGAGAUUUCCUUCAUCCACAGCUAACAUCCUGUACAGCAGCAACCUCCGUGAUGAUACCAAGGUGAUUUUGGAACAGAUCUCUGCAAACAGUCAGAAGAAUAGAGCUGAACUGGCCAAGCAACUACCGUCCGCUAGUAAUCCCGAUCUUUCUAAGUCAACUACAAGCCUGGAACGGAAAGGUGAGAAGGAGAAAAGCUGUAACAUCCACAGGUCAGAGAGUUUUGGGAGCCAGAAACGGAAUCUUCAGCGGCAACCAUCAGAGGAUAGAGAUACCCUUCUGAAAAAAAUGGAGAAUAUGCGGAAGGAGAAGCGAGUCUACAGUAGAUUUGAGGUCUUCUGCAAAAAGGAUGAAAAUACAAGUCAAAGUGAAGAGGAAUAUGACACAGAUGCCAAAGACAAGAAGAUGGGAAAAUUCAUGCCCAAAAUCCUGGGGACCUUCAAGACCAAAAAAUGAUCAUAGAAAUACUAUUUAAUUCCAUAUAAUCACUGACUGUCAAAGGGGGAUGAGGAAGUAACUUGCUUAUGAUGGCUAUAAGCACCAUAGGCAAUACUCUUCAUGGUUAGUGAGUGGAAAUGUGUUCAGCAUUAGACUCCUAGGGUAUAAUAUGCCCAAUAAAGUCACGUGGUAUCAGGCAACCUUAUCACAGUAUGUUUCAAAUAAAACUAUUAAAUUGCCAAGAUGCUUAAAACAAAGAAAUAAAGUCAGAGUCUCUUUAUAUUAUGCUCAGAGAACAUUUUCAGCAGACAAAACAAUUCUACUUUUAGAAGGAAAAAAUAUAAAAUAGAAAAGUCAAUACUUGAGUUCAGUCUAGGAAAGAAAAAUACACACAGAUGUACAUGCAUGCACAUGCAUGCGCAUUAACUGGAAAAAGUGUUUAAAAAAUCAUUUGCUUCUCAGGUACAGUUAUCUUUUCUUUGUAUUUAAUAAUGAAUCAAAUAUGGGUGGCACCUUUUUGAAGGUUUACAGGAGAAAAAAAUAUUGUAAACAACUUCUUGCCCUUAUCUAUGGUUAUGGUCUUGUCUAGCGGUACAUGCUCAGCUUUCAUAUUUCCUGUUUUCUAAGCCCAUCAGUUCCGUUUUGUUAAUGGUUUGUUUCCAUAUGUAUAAUGGAAGUAUUGCUUUAGGGUGUGGGCUGAAAGGCCAUAAAAAAGGAAAUUGACAUGCUAGUAAUGGAGAAUGACCUGUUUUUAGGACUCAUUUUCACCUGAGUUGGGAGUUUAAGCAUCUAAAAUGCUGUCUUGGCCAAACAGUAACUUCCUUGACAAUGUAACUCCAAUUCAUUAAGUGACAGUGGGGAGGAGGGGAUGUUCAUUUGUUAGCAUAUCUUUCCACAUGAAGACAAGGGAAGAAGAGCCUCAUAACAAUGGAUGGAAUAAGGCUGCUGGAAUUUUCAAGCUCAGAAGUGUUUUAUCACAGAAUUACUAUUAAGGUUGGAAAAGACCUCUAGGAUUAUCAAGUCCAACCGUCAACCCAACACUAUCAUGCCUCCUAAACCAUGACCCAAAGUGCCACAUCUACACUUUUUUUGAAUACCUCCAGGGAUGGUGACUCCACCACUUCUCUGGGCAGCCUGCUCCAAUGCCUGUUCAUUCUUUCAGUAAAGAAAUUUUUCCUAAUUCUCAUAUAACUUUCUUGUAGUAGGUUGGUACCAAGCUUAACCACGCAGCUUUAAAACAGUCCAGAAUGGCCUGUAGGUUCCUCCUGUUGUGUUGUUGUGUCUUGCAGAACAGAAGGUAGAAACAGAGGCUAUCAAGAAGACACUGUAUGAUGUGUAGUUACUCAGCUGCUUGAUUUUUUUCCUCCCCCCUCAGCUUGGACUGUUUCUGCCUGGCAUCCAGCAAGAUUCCCAGAUUGUGGUGUGUUCCCCCCCGCCCGAUCUUUGUGCCGUAGCCUAAAGAGAUGACAGGGAAGGACGCUCUUACAUAGACCUAGGCUUCUGAAUUUCCCAUUCCCAUUAACCUGGGUUUCAUGAUUACCCACUUGUGACACUAGCUGCAAAGCAGUUCAGGUACAUCGCUGACAGAUGGAAGCAAGCAGCUGCAUUGGUUCCCAAAGGUAAAUUUAGUAAGGUCUUUAGAAUGGUAGCUUUUUUUUAAGGAUACCAGCUCUCAUGGUAGCAGGCUUUAUAUAAUUUACAUAUCUGUAAAAAUUAAUGAUUCUUUUACCAUUUGUUGAAAACCUUGGGAAAUGAAUGUGUGGAAAGACAGAUUGUCUGAUCUGAAAAAAUAUUAAGCUGAUUUCCAUAUUAAUACAGAUGGUGGUAAAAAUCUGCAAGAAUCAAGAGAAAUUAUCACUUUAACGUGAGGAGGUAAUCCUAGAAAUAAAGUUAAGACAGGAUAAAGGGAAAAACCAAAGGAGGGAAGAAGCACCCAAAAUUAGAAAAAAAGCUGAAGCGGAUUUCUUACGCUUCCUCCAUACUGUAUAGAUGUAUACCAUUUCAGAUACUACCCAAAAUCUGUUGCAUACAUAUAAAUUCAUAAAUGAAUGCUGUAUGUAUACUUAUUUUGUCUGCUCUUAGUAGUGAAUCAGAUCCAAUUAUUGGUGAGUCCCAAAAUGAACUGUAAUGAUCAGUACAGUUGUUCUCUGACAGAUGAUACAGAUGAUAGAGAUUAUUUUACUCUAGAGAGGAGGAUAGGCUAUAUAUAUCCUACUAUAUAUAUGCUACUCUGUUUUGUGUAAUUCUUACUCACAUCAUUCCACACCUCUCCAGCCUUUCCCAAACCUACCUGCUCCAGCAUCGUUCUGUAAGAGACGAGUUAGAAAUAUUUCUACAGUCACAGAUUACAUUUACAUUUUAGAAUUUUGCUGUAUUUGGUUAGAUUGUUAGGAUUUUUGUCUUGCUUAGCAUGGUGUGCUCAGUGUAAAACUAUGUUCCUGACCAAACCAGAAUGACUCAUCUCUUGUAGUGAUAUGUAGAUUACCAGAUGUUGUAGGUGUAUACAAAUAUUGCAAAAUAACUAAUUCACUUGGUAAUAACAAAAGCUAUUUUAAGAAUAAAAAGUUAGUGUUAGAGCCCAUCACCCCUCAAUCUGAGAUUAGGUUCACAGAGGAUGUUAGAUACUGUGUUGUAUCAUCAAAUUGGUAGGUGCUAAGCUUUCAGUGGAAGUCAGAACCCUGAAAUAAGCAGUAGACACCCUUUUCUGUGCAUGAGAACUGGCAUCUUAGACUCGCAAGAGCCGACACACUACACAGAGCAGUGCCUACACAACAUGUUCACUCUGUCAUUGCCAUAUCCUAUAUCUACCUGUACCUGAGAUAGCCAGGAAAUGCCUAUUUUGUUAAUAUACCAGGAAAAACCAGGACUUCCCCAUGAGCUGCAUUCCCAGCUCCCUAGAAUUACCAGACUCAAGUGACCAAGUAUUAAGCUGGGACGAGCGGCUGAUACACCAGAAGGCUGUGCUGCCAUCCAACGAGACUUGGACAGGCUGGAGAGCUGGGCCCAGGGGAACCUCAAGAAAUUCAACAAAAGCAAGUGAAAGGUCCUGUACCUGGGGAGGAACAAGCCCAUGGACCAGAACAGGCUGGGGGCUGACCUGCUGGAAAGUGGCUCUGUUGAGAAGGACCCGGCAGUGCUGGUGGGCAGCGAGGUGACCCUGAGCCAGCCACCGUGCCCUUGGGGCCAAGAAGGCCAACAGUGUCCUGGGGUGCAUUAAAAGGAGCGUGGCCAGCAGAUCGAGAGAGGUUAUCCUCCCCCUCUGCUCGGCCCUAGUGAGACCACAUUUGGAGUACCGUGUCCAGUUUUGAGCACCUCAGUUUAAGGAAGACAGGGAACUGCUCCAGCAAGUCCAGUGGAGAGCUGCCAGGGUGAUCAGGAGACUGGAGCAUCUCCCUUGUGAGGAAAGGCUGAGAGACCUGGGUCUGUUUAGCCUGGAAAAGAU